CGUUUGUAGACGCAUUGACUUGAGGGUGCGGGUAUAGACGUCGUUUACGUCAGAGGAAGCCCGUUUCAAGGCAGGUCAAUUGUUGACUUUGACAUUCUCUGUGCAGCCUGUUUGCGUCAACUUAAAGCCCGACAAGUUGAUGAGAGUCGGUAGCACGCUGUAUUGUGCCAAGUUUACGACAGCGCUGCGGGUCUUGGAUCGGCUGGGCAGCGAUAACGACGAGCGCGGUGCGGCGACUGCUAGAUGCUUUCAUCUCGUGCUUGUCGGAGCGCGCAUGGAGCGUAUUCUGACGAGCGCUGUCAGACUGGUGCACGGACUGCCACAAAGGGGUGGCCGAGCCGGCCGGCCAUGUGCUCGGCGGGUCCCGACGACUGUACGCGCCCUCGAAUGACGCCGGGCACUUCUUUUUUGCAUAUCCACCGAAGGCGCGCCCGUUGCGCAGGGCGAUCGGCCACCGAGAUGGCGGCUGAGAGCGCCGCGGACGCCUUGGGCGUGCUGCGGCCACCGAAAUGAAUGGAGACGGGCACCGCAACUUGCCUGCAUUUGGCAACAGACGUCCCAAAUAUAUCGACGGCACAGUUGGCUUUGGCUGGCUCUGGAGGGCGUCCGGGCGGCGGCGUCUGGACUGGCCCCGUCUGAACCGUAUACCCUCCCAUCGCCGUCCUCCGCCCGACCCCAAAUCCGCCCUGCCCGCCGUUUCCUCCUCUCCUCGCUUUGCCUGUGCUCGUCGUCUGUCGCCCGCCUGUCCUUUCCGUCCUGUCCUGUCCGCCCGCUGCAGCCGCCGUUCCCCAAUCUCCUCGCCGGGCUAGAGUGCGCCUUCUAGUCGUUCGGCGUCCAUCGUGAUCACAGUAUGGAUGGUCCGCGACCGCCCUACGCGUCAGGCAGCUCUCCGCAGACGACGUCCUAUACAUCCUUGCUCGGGUCGCGCGAAGCCGAGACACCGAGCGGAUCCUCUAGCGGAGACCAGUCUCCGUCUUUGCACCAGGCGGGUGUACCGAUAUCGCUCAGCAGCCUGCCUUUUAGAGGACCUGCAGCUAGCCUGAGCGCCCGUUCGAGCUUUCUAAGCGACGACUCGCCGUAUUCGUCCGCAAAGACCGCCUCUCUCACCAACUCCAUCUCCGAAAAGUUUUCCCUCUCCGCCGACCCCGCACGAUGGGGAGCCGCCUUAUACCUCUCCUCGCCAGAGCCCGACGAUUACUUGCACAACCCCGAUCCCAACCGCGACAAGAUGAACGACCAGGGCGGUUCGGUCUUCACUGCUCGAGGCCUCUCAAAUUUGGGAUGUUUAUUGUUAUUGAUCCUCUCCAUCGUCACUUUGUUUGCUGGAUAUCCCGUUAUCAGUUAUUUUACGAGUUCUACUCAGAGUACCAACGGAGGCUUCAACCUUGGCGGAACCAAUGCCAGCGGUCAGGUACCCAGCAUGCCCGGCAACUGGGGUCUCAUCGAUCAAGACACGCCCACGAGCGCAUAUACCCGCACCGGAUACCACGAUUCGUCCGUAACCUACCAGCUCGUGUUCAGCGACGAGUUCAACAUGAACGGUCGGACGUUCUACCCCGGAGACGAUCCAUACUGGGAAGCGGUCGAUCUCCACUACUGGUCGACCAACAACCUGGAGUGGUAUGAUCCCGCCGCGAUUAUGACCAAGGACGGUAGUCUGCAGAUUACGUUGUCGGAGAAGGAGACGCAUGGCCUUAACUACCAGGGCGGCAUGUUGGCGACCUGGAACAAGUUUUGCUUCACGGGCGGCAUAUUCGAGGCCGCCGUCAGCUUACCCGGCGCGAACAACAUCGUCGGUCUUUGGCCCGCCGUGUGGGCGAUGGGCAACCUCGGUCGCGCAGGCUACGGCGCGACGCUCGACGGCAUGUGGCCAUAUACGUACGACGCCUGCGACGUCGGCACCGCGCCGAAUCAGACGAUCAACGGCCAGCCCGCUGCGGCGCUGACGGGCGGCGAUUCCGGCUACGAUGGCGUGCUCUCGUACCAGCCUGGACAACGCCUGUCGCGGUGCACUUGCUCUGGCGAGAGCCACCCCGGCCCGAAGCAUAGCGACGGGACCUAUGUAGGAAGGAGCGCACCCGAGAUCGACGUGUUCGAGGCUCAGGUAUCGGACGAGACCGGUCAGGUGUCGCAGUCUUGUCAGUGGGCGCCGUAUAACCAAGGAUACAAUUGGUUCAACACCACGGAUAACUUCUCGAUCGCGAACGAAACCAUUACCGCACUCAACAGCUACAAGGGUGGUGUGUACCAGCAGGCGACGAGUGGUGUGACGCAGACGAACCAGCUUUGUUACGAGCUUGUCAACGACUGCUUCUCCGUAUACGCGUUCGACUACCAACCUGGCUUUGACGACGCAUACAUUACCUGGGUCGCGGACGACAAGGUCGCGUGGACGCUCCUUGCCAGCGGCAUGGCUGCCGACUCCGCUGUCGAGAUCUCCGCGCGACCGAUCCCGCAAGAGCCCAUGUACCUCAUCGCCAACCUCGGCAUGUCGUACAACUUCGGUUCUAUCGACCUCGACGACCUCACCUUCCCGACGACGUUGAAGAUCGACUACAUCAGGGUGUACCAGCGGGAGGACAGCAUCAACAUCGGUUGCGACCCGAGCGAUUUCCCGACGGCCGCAUAUAUCAACCAAUAUAUCGAAGCGUAUUCGAACCCAAAUUUGACGACAUGGGUGGACGAUUUCGGACAGACCAUACCCAAGAACAGCCUCGUGGACGGCUGUUCCUGAUCUCAUCGCAACACGCCGAUCGGACUCUUGGACGCUGUCAUCGGCAUUUACAUACUUUUGGAUGCAUCUUGUCUGUCAUUACCGUUCAUCUAUUCACGCAUCGCUCUUAUUAUAUACCUCGCCGUCCAUUCCAUUUUGUCGGCACUCACCUUGUUCAUGGACACGAUCACUCACUCAAUUGCAUGUACUUACUCCAUUCGCACAUAAUCCGUUGCAUUAUAGAAAUCUAGAAUUCCAUGGACUUGCAUC